GCGUUUCCGUGUGUAAUUUUUACUUUGCCUCGCUUCUUAAUGUAAAGCAGGCUGCGAAAGUUUUGUUAUAAUAAGUAGUUUGACGCCGGCGCGUCGGUGCACUCGGUGCGGCGCGUCUUUCGAAUGCCAUUCGUCGCCUGCGGUUUGCGCGCAUUCAAGUUCCAUUCGCGAGAGAGUUUUGAAAAUAUUCGAAUACAAAAGGGGGAAAACAAAGCUGCUCGAGGAUGUUGAAUUUGAUAUUGAUUGUUUGGUUACCCUUUUGCGACCUCGACGCUAAUGGGAUGCCAAGGAAAAAUUUGGAGGUAUGCAAGUCUAUGGUUUGUUUUGUAUAAAGAUAUCCGAACGCGCGCGUUCACUAAGGAAUUUCAAUGACCGCAGGUGUUCGCAACGUGCUGCUUUAUGAAAUUCGUAACAAAUUCGUUGCUCCGUUACUUGUACACGUCGACCGACAGCACUCGCAGCGUGCAAGUCAGAGUUCGCGGACGCACUAUAACGAGUGCACGCCGCUCGGACAUUCUCUUGAAAUGCGUGCUCGUUAAGCGGAGCCGUUGGCUGCAUCUGACAUUGAUAAUGAAACAGAGCCGUUCGACCCUCGUCGAAGUUGCCUUCUCUCACCGACUACUCGGCGAGUCGACGCUCAUCGACACGGCCGUUUCGAGAAUGUUUUGCCUGUACUACAUCUACUCCAGAGUGGUCGCCGGCAGCUUUUAAUCGCUGUUCGAGAUGAAGCGUCGGAAACCGCUCUGGCGGGCGGAUUCGGCGAGGCGAGUCCGUCGCUGCGCUCGCGCGCUCGCUCGAAUACCAAUCGUUAUCGGCACUCGUAAUAGUACCCGCGGCUAUUGCGUUCGCUUAUCGUGGCUGCCGCUCGUCCCGCUAGAUCGAACGCGGCAGUCCGUAGUGUUUGCCGCGACAGCAAGCUUGUCGCAGAAUGACGUACUACCAGGGCUACGGCACGACGUAUCAGAAUCAGGCCUGGCCUCACGGCUGCCAGUGCCAGCACGAGCGCUGUCGCGUACCGGGCUGCCAGUAUCAGGUCCGGGCGAGCCAGCCGACGGCGUGCGCGCCGCUGCUGGCCCGACAGCAGCCCCACUUGGUCGUUCUCCGGCCGCACGACGACUGGCCGGAGGAGUCCGAUUGCUGCGGCGAUGCGUUCUGCAGGUGCGUCGACUGGUUGCUCACGGUGAUCGUGCUAGGAGUGAGAGGAGUGAAAAAAUUGCUCCUCGGUGACGCCGCCUCGAAGCAAUCACGUAUGCGCGAUCGUCAGAGACUUUACGAGGAGCUGUAGGAUUACUUUAUUUUGCCAUCUCGAAAUUAUGGAUUUCAACAGCACUGACUGGAACAAGUGCCGACGAUAUGAGAAUGUUUACAGCUGCUCCGUGGAAUUCGCUCUGAAAGCAGCGUUAUCGAAGUCCAUUGCGCACGUAAACACGCUGAUAGAUAACUUUGUGUGAUAAUAUUUUGUACCAGUAUUUUAUUGUAUUUACCUUGACUAUUGCAAUUAUUACAUUAAUUCUGUCUCACGUGUGAAUUAUAUUGUGUCCGAUGAACGUAUCUUAUUCGUCUUCACCUCUAUUGAAUAUACUUCUCAGGUAUACUUGUCGAUUUUCCUUAUAAACAAACGUUAUAAGUCAAAUUGUAUAACAUGAGUUAAUAAAUUUUUAAAUAUUGUUGAUAAGAUACUGUUGGAUCGAUGUUGCGAUAGCUC